GACCUCACCAGAGAAGGUGCAAUUGACAAGCUGAUGGAGCGCUUCCGUCCACAUGUCGUACUUCAUUUGGCAGCCGAAUGGCGGCCAGAAGUGCUCCGGCAGUGCCCGGAGCAGGCUAGGCAGCUCAAUGUGGAUGCAACAGGCUUUGUAGCUGCAGCUUGCGAGCGCUUUGGGGCUUGGCUUGUGCAUCUCAGCGCCGACUGCGUUUUUGAUGGCAGCUCGCCUCCGUACACGACCGCCUCCAAGACCAACCCGCUCAGCGAGUAUGGCUGGCACAAGCUUCACAGUGAGCAGCUGGCGCAAGCUGCUUGCCCACAUGCAGCCGUACUGCGUGUGCCCUUGCUGUAUGGGCCCAUUGAGUCCAUAUCCGAAUCUGCGGUGACAAGUCUCUAUGCGGAUCUCAAAAGCGGCAUGCGCGAGGUGGAUGCCUGGCAGCAGUGUUAUCCAACCUGGGCAGGUGAUGUUGCAACUGUUCUGAAUGCCAUGGUUGAGUCGCACUUGGCUGGAAAGUGCCUGCGUGGGAUCUAUCACUUUCAAGGCAGCGAGCGAUUUACCUGGCAUGAAAUGAUGCUGAUGGUAGCAGAAGUUGCCGGCUUGGAUGCUUCUGGCAUCACAGCUGUGCGUACUCCACCAGCAACACCACUUCCAAGGGACACGCAGUUGGACUGUUCUCGCUUGACCCAACUUUUGGGGAGAAGCGAGCAGACUCACCUACGCGACGGCUUACAGCGGUGCUUGGCCCCCUUCCGAGUAGCCCAAUCCAAUGCCAGCAAGCCCCACACAGAGGUGGCAAACCUGACAGUUGAUGCCGACCUGAAAAACCAUGGGGCGGCUUUGCAGAAGGUUUUUUGGGAGGAGCUGGAAAGGACGCGCCGUCGUUUGCGCCAGGCUGGCAUCAACCAGCAGCGGUCUCGAACGGAAGGGAGCUGCCACGGCAGAUCCGAGGUUGCCGAGAAGUUUGCUCCUCUAGGUGAACAGCGCCUCCACGAGCAACAGGUAGACCACUUGGAAAAAUUCCCUGUGACGCGAAUCGGCCGAGUGUGUGACUUCACUGCCUCCGGACAGCGCUACCAGGCAGAGAGGAACAAGGGCAAAGGUGCCAAGGGAUUUGCCAAGGGCAAAGGCCCUAUCCAAGCUCUACAGCCAGGUAAAGAUGAGGAGGGGUUCUCGCUGGUUGACAACCGCCCCAUUCCGGGUAAGUCAUCUGGCAGAGGGCGAGCUUCAGGAAUGAAGGGUAAAGGAAAAGGCAAGGGCAUCCAAGCCAACUACCAAGAAGGUAUCUUGGGCCAGAAGCAAAAGCCAUACUACCAGGCAAACCAGAAUCAAGCAAAAGGAAAAGGCAAGAAGACCGCUGCUACUCGCAGGGGCAUGCCGUCCUUCAAGGAGUGGUCCGUGCAAACCCGGCCAGAAUGGUCUCUCAUGAGAGAGAUCAUGCUUGCUUCUCUAGCCAAGCUGCAGAUCGACGCCAAGCUGGUGGAGUUCGAAGACGUGCAUUGGGCUGGCAACCUGCCGACUUAUUGCAAGACCUUCGACCGUGUCACUGCCAAAACGGAGCGACCGAUGAAGCGAUUCGAGGAUUUGAAUUUCUUCAAUGUGACAACGUCAGACGAUCCGAUUCUGCCGGAUCUGCUGCAGACUGACGACUCGGUCACUGUCAUUGCAACAGACCACGUCUUGGCCUGUCUUGUUGCAGCAGCAAGGUCUGUUUACUCCUGGGACAUUGUCGUGUCAAAGGUGGCAAACAAGCUCAUAUUCGACAAGCGAGAUGGCUCCCAGAUAGAUUUUUUGACCGUCAACGAGACGGCGCAAGACCCUCCUAAUGCAGAUGACAAGGAAAGCAUCAAUGGACCGGUGAAGCUUGGCCAGGAAGCUUCCUGCAUAAAUCAGAACUUCUCGCAGAUGGUUCUGGAUCCUGACGAGCCCGUGGAAGACAUGGGAAACCCGAAUCCCUUCGAGGAUGAGGACAACGCGGGGUGCGUCGCCUCCGGCGCAUACAGAUAUCGCAAAAUUACUUUGCCAGGCAACCCGAAGGCCAGCACCGACUUUGAGCAGAAAGAGGUCAAACUGGUUGUGCGUACAGAGGUGAAUUGCAAGCUGCCCAGUAACAACGAAUUGGUUUCCGUCAAGGCCAUGCAUGAGUAUGAGCCCAAGCCCAAUUACAACUGGCGAGCUCAUCUAGAGUCUACGCGAGGUGCAUGCCUCGCGACGGAGCUCAAAAACAAUGCAUUCAAAUUGGGCCGUUGGACUGCUCAGGCCAUCUUGGCUGGAUGCGAGACCAUCAAGAUCGGAUAUGUGUCUCGUCAGCACCCCAAGGACCCAUGGUCCCAUGUACUACUGGGAGUGCAGACCUAUGCCACUAGCGGCUUUGCGGAGCAGAUCGGUCUGACGCGCAACAACAUGUUUGGCAUCAUUCGCAACAUCAUCGAUUUGGUCAUGAGUUGGGAGGACGGCAAGUACUUGCUGCUCAAGGAUCCAACAAAGUCAGUCCUCCGCAUCCACGAGGUGCCAUGGGACACCUUCCAGGAUGACGAUGACGAGAUAGACACAAUCGAUGAGGAGGAGGAGCAGGAACUCGAUGAGGAUGGGAACGUAGUUCCAAAUCAGGCAAGCUAG